AUCGUUCGCCGAAGAGGUCAUAACUUCAUCAAUACACUACUGGUGAUUUUUUUUUUCAAAAAUUGCGAACAUGAAGCUGUGGAUUGGAUUACUGUUAGUAGGAUUGGCGUUGGAAGGUCGUGCCCAGCUUACGUGCUUCCAGUGUGAAAAUUGUCCCGAUCCGUUCGAUACAUCCGUGCCUCAAAUAACGUGCCCUGUAACCGAUGGAACUACAACAGUUGCACCCCCCAACACAGAUGGUCCGAUCAUAACACCACCAACAGUUCCAUUACCUACUACGACGGAGAUCGCUCCAACUCCAGCUCCAACUACAACUACGGCUCCCGGCCCCGAAGGGCCUAUCAUCACACCUCCACCAAUAGGACGAAGAAAGCGGCAGACACAAUCCUUGCAACGAUGCUUCAUACUUACUACUACUGGCACACGUCGAGGUUGCACAACAUUUGCCACUGAUGAGGCAACUACCUGCAGCAAUCUAAAUGGUGGUAUACCUCCCGCAGGACAAUGCCGAAUCUGUGAUUGGAACGGAUGCAAUAGCGCUAGUGGCUUAACCUUGUCGAUCGCCACCCUACUUGCUGCAUUGAUCAUCGUACUGAAGAUGUUUUAAAUCGUCGGAAUUCCAAUCAUCAAAUUCAUUUAGUUCAAAUCUCCAUCGUGUGUGUGUGUGUGUGAUCGUAAAUGUACUAUGGCUACUAAUAAAGCAAAUCAACCGAAUGCUCAUACUCAGCAGUGCGUUAGUUCAAAUCAAAUGAUCAAUUCCGUGUUAGUUAUUGUAAUUUAAGAUAGUCUAAUAAAUUCUACUAGCUGUUAAA